AUGACCGCACGCGCGGCGACUGCGCGCUCCCAACUCCCGGCCACGAAAACCCUCGCGCAACCUCGGGUUCUAUCAUACUCAACUCUGCCAGUCCGAACCACAAAAUGGAGUGGCAACAAGAACGCCCUCCAGACAACUCCCACGCAAUCCCAGCUGGUAUCUCCAUUCGCUGCGCUGUCUGUGACCCGAUCGUUCCACGCAACUACCUCUGUCUUGCAGCAACAACAACAACAACCGAAGAACGAGCAAAAAACCGACGGGCCCGAGUCUGAGCAAAAGAAUGAGCAGGAGGGGUCCGACAAGGAAGAGUCUAAGAAGGAGAAGACCGAAGACGCCCCCCCGCCACCUCACGGUGAUAAGUCUCCCUGGCAAGUCUUCCGUGAGACUCUCCAGACCGAGUUCAAGGCCUCGAAAGAAUGGAACGAGUCCACCAAGGCCCUUGCCUCUUCCGCUCAUGAGUUCUCUGAGAACGAGAACAUCAAGCGCGCUCGUGCUGCCUACCAAGCCGCUUCGGGUGCUGCAACCAGCCGCACAUCCUCCGCGCUUAAGACCACCGGCCAGGCCAUCGGAAAAGGUGCCGCCUGGACAUGGAACACACCAGUCGUGAAGGGUGUCAGAAAAGGUGUCGUUGUCACCGGUGCUGGUCUGGAGAAAGCGACGCGUCCUGUCCGUGAGACAGAGGCCUACAAGAGUGUGAAGGAGGCCAUUGAUGACGGUAGUAGCUCACGCUACGGAGGCUGGAUUGAGAAGGAAGAGCGUCGCAAACAGCGGCAACUUCGUGAAGAGAUGGAGGCCAAGUCUGGCAAGCGCCCCUUGAAGCCGAUGGAAGAAGAUCCCAAUGCCGGUACCAACGUUACUCUUCACAAGGAUGCAGCAUGGAAGGAGUCCUGGAAUAACUUCCGUGACUCCAACCCCAUGAUGCAAAAACUUUUUGCCAUGAGAGACGUUUACGAGGAAUCGGAGAACCCACUUAUCAGCACUGCUCGCAGUAUCACGGAUCGGAUUGGAGGAUUCUUCGCCGAGAACGAGACGGCCAUGGUGGUCAAGAAGUUCCGUGAAAUUGAUCCUAACUUCCAAAUGGAAGACUUCCUGCGUGAGCUGCGGGAAUACAUGCUUCCCGAGGUUCUCGAUGCCUAUGUCAAGGGCGAUGUGGAGACACUGAAGCUUUGGCUGUCAGAUGCGCAAUUCUCCGUCUAUGCCGCCCUUGCCAAGCAAUAUACGACCGCUGGACUCCGGUCUGAUGGGCGAAUCCUUGACAUCCGCGGUGUUGAUGUCUCCAACGCCCGUCUUCUGGAGCCCGGUGAGAUUCCCGUUUUCGUUGUCACCUGCCGGGCCCAGGAAGUUCACGUUUACCGCAACGUCAAGUCUAAUGAGCUUGCGGCCGGCAUGGAAGACAAGGUUCAGCUGGUCACUUACGCCAUCGGCAUGACACGCAUUCCUGAAGAAGUCAACAACCCCGAGACCCGAGGUUGGAGAUUGAUCGAGCUGCAAAAAGCUGCCCGUGAUUACAUCUAG